CACCCAGACUUCCUUGCAAGUGUAGUGAAAUAUGGCGGUCGUGAACACGUGUAGGAGACAUGUAGUAGAAUAUCUCCUUGUUUUCUCUAUGUAAGACUUAAUUCGACGGGCAUUUUCCAUAGGAUAGUGUAGCUAAGAUGGGAAUCCAGGGGUUACAGGAGUACGUUGAGGCGAAUUGCCCGAAUGCUUGCGAAGAAGUUGAUCUGAAAGCCGUCCUUCAUGGGAAAAAAGCGACGAGCGCUGGUCAGCCGGUCUUGCUUGUGGACGCGAAGAGCUGCUUAAAACAUCUUUACGGGCCGACUACAGAUUGGGCUUGUGGAGGACAGUGGAACGAAAUGCUACGCAAUGUAGAACAUUUCACAAGGUCGUUCCGCCAGCAAAAUAUCGAGAUUGUGAUGUAUUUCGACGGUGAAGGCGACUCUGGGAGAUUGUAUGAAUGGAUCAAAACUCAAAACGAAAAAAGACAAUUAGCUCGGCAAAUCUUCGGUCAUGUUAUGAAAAUGAAUUCCUAUCCAGGAAAAAGACUGUAUUUUCCGCCACCUGUGGUAAACACGUGCCUACGGCUUGCGUUUCUCAGUUGUGGUGUUUUAGUGUGCACUUCUAUGGCCGAUCUUCACAAAGAAAUGGCGAGUUAUUGUCAAGGCGAAUGCUUGGCUGGGGUUAUCAGCCAUCACGCAGAUUUUCUCGUGUUUGACGUCCCGAAUUACUUUUCCGCCGAUCACCUUAAAUUUUCCAAGAAAGACAUUACGACAAUGCGGUUUAACCGAGAAGCCAUGCUAAAUGAACUGACACUCCAUCACGAUCGAGUAGGAUUGUUCGCUAGUUUACUGGGAACAUCGUUCAUUCCAGAAGACAACCUUGGCUCAUUUUACUGGAACCUACUAGGUCCAGAUCACCCUCUUGCAAAAGUACAGGUCAAAGAGAAGCACCAGCCAAUUUUCCCGGCCAAUGACAUCAUCAUCACUAGCGUAAUUAAUUUUCUAAAGAAUGUCGCAGAUGUUUCAAAUCUUCCAUGGAUUGCUCGUCAAGUAUUCCGCUCAGAAAAUGUUGACUUAGCUGAGAUCACAGAGAAACUUAGAAAGGCUGUGGAACAUUACUCGGGCCUUCCUAAGGAGGAAUCAGCCCCACAGUCUCCUGGUAUUGCUCCAGGUCGCAAACAGAAUGAACAUCAGUAUCAGAAGAUGUGGCAGCAUUGGCAACAGCACCAGUUUGUCCCAAAACCUGCAACUCCACAACAAAAGAACACACCUCUGCCUCAAAACAGUGACAGUACCAAAAAGCAAAUUCCCAGUGUCACAGAAUUGCAACAGAGUUUAUCAUCACUUCAAGUUCAGAAUUCUCCAGAGUCUGCCAUCAUGCAUUCCUUGCCUUUAUCACCCCCAGAGGACCCCCCAGCACUACAAACUACAACAGCUUCAUUGUCGCCUCUUCAUGAAGGUUCACUACUCCCCAAUCCCUCCGUAUCACCUUCUGCAGUCCUCCCCACCCCACCACCCUCCUCUGAGUCUUCACCCAUGAUGUUGACAAGUGGAAAGACGGGUGCUAAUCAUGUGAGCUCUGUCGAAAAUACAGAAGAAAAACUAGAAGAGAGCACAGUUAAAGGUGCCUUCCCAGAUAUUCCGCAACGUGUCCUGGAUGUUACUGUCCAUCUUCUUCAAAAUGGAAAGAUGAUAGAAACUGUUUACCAAGUUCUUACAAAAGCUGAGAUCACCAUUGACACCACAAUUGAAGAUGAACAGUUGCCCGACUGCCUCCCCUCUGCACUCCUGUUCCGUAAAGUUCGUCAAAGGGUCUAUGGAAUCCUGUUUGACUUGUCAGCUAAGAAGAAAAAAGAUGACAAAUUUGAUGUUAGCUCCUUGGCAGUGAAGGAAUGGUGUGUUUAUGGUGGAAGGCGUUUGGAUGAUCCUGAUAUUGUGGAACCAAUUGCUCUUGAUUGGGAGGUGCCAUCAGUUGAUAAGCUCUGGUUCAACAAGGGAGUGACGGCAGAUAAUAACAGAUUGAAAGCUUUUCUGUCUUGUAUGAUGAGCGACAUUCCUAGCAUGACACAGACUGUCAUUGUACCCAAGAGGCUGGUGAUUCUUUGUUGUGUUCUAAGGUACCUGAUAUCACAUGGACGUUUCAUUUUAACAACUCGUGAAUUGGAUGCUUUCCUUGCCCAAGCUUUGUCUCCACAUUUGACAACAGAGUGCAAUGCGUCUAAUUUGAGAGAAAUCAAACUUAAACGGGUAGAUGCUCGUGCUGUCCAGCUGGCUUCCAUCUUUAUGCGUGGUGUUCAAGCUGCCAUUUUUGCAAAUGAUGCUUGUGCUGUUCCUAUCCCCUGGGAGCUGGUGUGUCCAUGGAAUUAUUUUGACGGAAAGCUGUUUCAUAGCAAGUACCUUAUGGUUGCAGAUAAUGUCUCCCUUCUUGAACUGUGUGAUGGAAAGAGUGGACGAGUGGAAAAGCUACAGCGAAUGAAAUGGUGCAUCACUGAGGGUCUGCAGCAAGACUUUGGUCUGCCCCAUGGACUCCCUUCUGGUGCCAUGAUGCCACGUUUCCCUGGCCAACAUGGUGAUGGUUUGCUUCCAACACCUGUACCUUAUGCCUUUGGUCCUGUGCCACCAGCUCUGCAAAGUGUUGGGAUGCCCAACUUCUUCCCAGCUGGUGCUAACAUUCCACAGAUGCAGGGAAUGGGUAUGAAUGCCAGGCGUGGCCGUGGUCCAAAUAGCAAGCAGCCUGUCUCUGGACUGGGGGGUCAGUUAGAAGUUGCUGGGGUGCCUAUCGCUCGCUGGUCAGGUAACAAGGCAGGGCGUGGCUACAGUGAUAAGGAUCGCAUUGUGGUUGGUGGUCCAAUGAGUGUAGAGAUGGGGAGACCAAACAGAUGGGGGCGUGGCGGCUCUGCACGUGGAAGACGUAGCGGCAGUGUUGGUUCCCGUAAUGUGACCUGGGCUGUGGAGGUUGAUAAAGAGUAUGACAGAAGCAUAGGCUAUGUGGACCAGCCAACUAAACCCAAGAAGUCAUCAAAUAUCAGUCAGGUUCGAGAAGGAGGGGAUGGUGGAAACGACAUCCCAAUAAUCGCUCGUGGCCGAGGAGAUGGUGGAAACGACAUUGAAUCACUCGGUACAGAUGGUCUUGCAUCUGGACUUCCCAUGCAGGGGGCUCUACUUCCACACACCAUCCCUGGACAGAUGGCGGUCAUGUCUCAGUCCCCACAGAUGCCAUUCAAUGGUCAAUCAUAUAGUACACCCCCUCCUGAGAUACCAGGUUUACCCAGGGGUCAGGGCCUCGACAAGGCCCCUGGUAGUCAAGUGCCGAUUAUCCUGGCCAAACCUGGAGACAUACCAGUGGGUGUAGCAAGGGGUCGAGGGGUUAGUGUGAGCAUGCCUGGGGAGAUUCCACCCUACAAUGUACAGCCUGGAAUUGUUGACACUGCUAGCAGCAAAGGGAGAGGCUGGUGGUGGGAGAAACAACAGCAACAGCUACCACCAUCUUGAAUUCUUUGCGUCAGCACUAAUUGUUUAUCUCAAUCAUGACAGGGGUAAAUCCCCCUUAAACAAACACCCUGUCAGUUUACCUAUAUUUUUUCCAAAAAAAAAUCUAUUAAUAUUAUUUCUAUUACUUUGAUGUUGAAGGUUAACUGUUUUGGUUAUUGAACCAUCAUUAAAACAAAAUGGCUCUUGGUUCAAGCCCAGUUACUUCCUGUUUCUUGUGAAAGAUCAGAAAUAUUCAUUAUUAUUCAAUAAUUUGAUCGAGUUUAUUUUCCCUCUCGUCUUCCUACACAGUCUGAAUGGUCACAGGAAUUGCAAACCAUGCCUUGGAAAAUGUAUUUACUCGUGAUUUGUUUGGGAAGGUGUCAAUUUCUUUGUUAUGAGAGAAAAGAUUGUUCAACUUGUGACAUGUUAAGAUCGUCUCACAUCAUAAGAUGUGUGACGAUGUAGUUGUUAAUCACACAAUUCAAAUCGAGGCUGGUUUUGAAUGGCAGUCAUUUGGGUUUAUAAUUAUUGUAAUUUCUAGAUGCAUUAAAUUGGUUAAUCAUGUUAGGUGCAAAAUCUUAUUUGCGUUACGGUUGCCAUUUCGUGGUAUAAUUAUAUUGACUGGCAAUAUAAUUGCCUAGAAAAAUUGUUUAAAGUCACCCAUGUUAUUUGAUUUAAUUGCGGAAAAAAUACAGGCUGUUAGCAUGGCAGGCUUGCCAGUGAGCCCAGAGAAAUUUUUGCACCUUAACUCCCCCUCCCCAGUAGCAAAGGGGGUUUGAUAAGGCAGCACUUCACUUGCUUUGGUUUUCAAUCCACAGGGGAUCUGCUAUCAGCCUUCAAAAGAUAGGAAGGCCAAGAUUCGAUUUUCAUUUUUUGAGGAAAUUAACGUAGUGCUAACAUAGAACAUUGUAAAAUCUUCAGGUUUUUGAUAUUACCCAUCUUAAGCUGAGUAAUGUAUUAAACUUCAAUUUUUUUAAUUAA